CUCAUUUGAUUAACUUGACGACAACGACACCAACAAGCUUCCUCAACUACUACCGCGGCGUGUCGAUAUAGCAUUUUCUCCUAGAACUGCCGGUCAUCUCUAUUCUUCCUCAUGUCUCUGGCCUAAUAAUACUUCCUUUCACCUCAAUGGCGAGGCUGUCUAAUCCUUUCGCUUUCACCCGCGGUCCCGUCACCACCAUCACCACCCUUAUAUACCUCGCCCUCCUCACCACACUCAUUGUGAUUCAUACUGGAGUACCUUCCCCACCUCGAUCCCCUACCCCCAUUCAUGGAAUCAACCUGACCGAAGCAUGGCAAGACCUGCAACUCCUCACCCCCGCUUACCAUCCUUACAACAGCAGACGAAAUGAUGAGGUACACGAUUGGCUUGUUUCAAGAAUAGAGUCCAUCAUUCAAGAUAACAAGGCCUCUGUGAAUGCUGCUGCCGAUGUUCCUGCAGUAUACCUAUUCCAAGAUAACCUGUCAAAUCUGACCUUUUCAUCCGCCGGCAUUCCACCUGCACCAGGUGUGAGCGUCUAUUUUGAGAGUACCAACAUCAUCGUCUACAUUCCCGGCACAGAAGACGAUCAAAGCCAAUGGUGGCAAGAUCCAAAUGCCAAACCGACCUCAAGAAAAGCCGUCCUGGUCAACGCCCACUAUGACAGCGUCUCCACUGGCUAUGGCGCCACAGACGAUGGCGUUGGUGUCAUCUGCGUCCUGCAACUCGUCAAGUACUUUACAACCCCAGACAACACUCCGAAGAAUGGUGUGGUCCUGCUCCUCAACAAUGGAGAAGAAGACUUCCUCAAUGGCGCCAGUGUGUUCAGUCAGCAUCCCAUCUCCAAAGUCAUCGGCACUUUUCUCAAUCUCGAAGGUGCUGGUGCAGGUGGCAGGGCAACUCUGUUCAGAAGUACCGAUGAGGCUGUAACCAGGGCCUACGCCAAAAGCAAAUACCCUUUCGGUUCGUCGACAUCUGCAGACGGUUUCAAUCGAGGUCUCAUCAGAAGUCAAACCGAUUAUGUCGUCUUCAAUGGAAAAUUGGGCUUCCGAGGCCUCGAUGUCGCCUUCACGGAGCCUCGAGCGAGAUACCAUACAGAUCAAGAUGACGCUCGUCACACCAGCUUGAGUUCCAUCUGGCACAUGCUUAGUGCAGCUGUCGCUACCACAAAGGCUUUGACUUCAGCUGGCCAUGAGACAAAUCUUGACCCAGAUCACACUCCAGGCCAUUCCGCCGUGUGGUUUGACCUUCUCGGACGAGGGUUCGCCAUUCUUCGCACUCAUUCCUUCUUCUCCCUCUCCGUCACCCUCCUCGUCGCAGGUCCGAUCUUCCUGCUAAUCACCAUGGCACUCCUCUACCGUGCUGACAAGUUCUACCUCUUCUCCGGCUCUCGAGCGUAUCACCAACCAAAUGGCGACGACGCCAUUCACCUCUAUGGUUGGAGGGGCUUCUUCCGUUUCCCCGUCAUUCUCCUCGUUUCUUGCGCUGCUCCUGUUGCGCUUGCCUAUCUCCUCUUCAAGGAAAAUCAAUUCAUCGCUCAUAGCAGCGAGUGGGCAGUGUGGAGUACCAUGAUAUCAUCGUUUAUUAUUGUGGCUUGGUUCUUCUCUAGGACCGCUGACUUUACCCGGCCCUCGUCCUUGGUACGCGCCUAUGGCUUUUCAUGGCUCUGGGUAGGCUGGUGGGCUCUUCUUGUUGUUUCCACCGUCUUUGAGCGAGACUUUCAUCUGGUGGGCACCUAUUUUGUCCUAAUUUAUGCCGCGUCCGUCUGGCUAGCCACCUGGCUGUCAUAUCUCGAGCUUUUCUCCUUGCCCAAGAAGUCCGCAUACUGUCGAGGAAAGGUCGGCGAAGAAUACUUCUCGUCAAGCUCUAGAAGCCCAUCUCAAACCCCACGUCCUGAAUCCUCUGCAGAACAAGGCAUCGAGCCUGACGGAUUUGAAGAGGACGAUGACGACCCAACUGAGAGGACGAGCCUCCUCAAAGGCCGCGGCCGACGAACUUUCAAAGGUUAUGGACGCCAGCCUACCGAAAGCCCCGCUGCUUCCUCCAAGGAAGAAAAGACUAGUUCAUACGAAGAACAAGAAUGGAGCAAGUCCCAGUGGACUUCGUGGUGGUUCCUUCAGAUCCUCGUUCUUGUACCGAUUAAUGUCAUCAUCAUGGGACAGAUCGGUCUCCUAGUGACCUCAGGACUCCAUCAGACAGGCCAGGAUGGUAGCUCCAUGUUCUUGCUCUACCUUCUGAUGGCCAUUACAACCAUCUGUCUCUUCUCUCCAAUUGUUCCCAUCCUGCACCGUUUCACCUGGCAUGUUCCCAUAUUUCUUUUCCUGGUCUUGAUUGGUACUCUCAUCUACAAUCUGAUCGCCUUCCCCUUCUCUGCUGAGAAUCGGUUAAAGGUCUACUUUCAACAACAGAUCGAUCUCGAGCACGGAAACAACUCGGUAUUCCUCCAGGGAGUACCACCCUUCACACAAGCUGUCGUUAAGAAUCUACCCAGUGCUGCCGGGCAGGACCUCGGUUGUUUCAUCACAGGAUUCGCCAACAAUUUGGAGAGAUGCAGCUGGACUGGUACCCCACCGUUGGUUGCUAAUGGCCCGCCAGACACAUGGCUCACUUUCAACACUACUCGGGUCAAUGGUAGUGACAGUGACAACAAGGCCCGAUUUGUUAUCUCAGGUAAGAACACUCGAGCUUGCAAGAUAGUGUUCAACUCCCCUGUCAAAGCCUUUAAUGUUGAGGGGCAGGGCCCUAGGGACAAGAGGUUUCAAUCUGUCCCAGAAGCUGGCAGCAAUGAGAUACGCCUCUGGUCUCGGACGUGGAAGCGGACGUGGAUCGUCGAUGUGUCGUGGGACACGCCCGAGGCUGAAACUGGCACCAUGGACGGCAAAGUCGUUUGUCUCUGGAGUGACGCCAAUCAGAGCGGUGUGAUUCCUGCCUUUGAUGAAGCAUCUCAUUUUGCUCAGGACUGGGUUGCCAUUACAAAAUUUGCUGAUGGGUUAGUGGAAGGGUACAAGCUAUUCAGUGUUUGAUUAUGGGAAGGAUGAUGUUGAUUGUUAUGAGGCUGUUGGCAUUGUUGGUGUCAUUGGAUGUAUUCUUAUUGCCAUUGAUAGAUUGUGGCAAGUUGGUAAUGUCAUUGUUGGGUGUCAUGAAAGAUGUUUCGUUCAGUCUUGGCCAAAGUGUGUGAUGGAAUGUCUGGCAAGGGACCGUCUUGACUCUUGCCUAGGUCUAGCUAGGUACAUACGGAGUAUAUGUUCCUUCAAUGCGUGCAUGCAUGAUACUAU